UACUUUCAUAACACUUAGGCCUGCUGUCUCGUGGAAAUGUUUUCCUUUUGAAAGACAAUUUUCAUUUUAAUCAUCAAACAGAGGUGUCUUGUUUUAUCUCAUGCGAUGCUAUAACAGUUUACUUUGCCGGCAGACAGAGAUAAGCGGCGAGUGCAUUCAUUUCGGGUGACCUUUCUCUCAUAAAUUGUUCACUCGAGGUUAUUUUCUUGUGGUUUUCUAAAACAAACAUGAGAUUAACGUUGCGAUUAUUUUCUUCCGUUGUUCAAAAAAGACCAUUUUUCGUUUCUACACCGAUCUUCUAUGUCAACGCCGCCCCUCACCUAGGGCACCUGUACUCUGCGGUGGUGGCGGACGCCAUACAAAGGUUCGAGAAGCUCAUAGACCCCAACUGCAAUGUCUUAUUUAGCACAGGCACCGACGAGCACGGUACAAAGAUCCAGCAAGCGGCCUCAAAAGUCGGACAAGCGCCAGCCGAGUAUUGCUCAUCAAUCUCCGAGGAGUACCGCCGUCUCUUCGCAGAGUACAACGUGGAACACACAGACUUCGUCAGAACUACGGAGGAUAGGCACAAGAAGGCUGUGGCACACUUCUGGAAGGAGCUGGUAGAGGGCGGUCACAUCUACAAGGCCGUGUACUCCGGCUGGUACAGCGUCAGCGACGAGAGCUUCGUGCCCGAGGCGCACACGAGGGAGGUCGUGCAACACGGACGGAAGGUGAGGGUGUCGGCGGAGUCGGGGCACGAGGUGGAGUGGACGGAGGAGCCCAACUACAUGUUCCGGCUGAGCGCCUUCCGGGAACAUCUACAGCGGUGGCUCAAAACAGAUGGAGUGAUAACGCCCAGCAAGUACCAGAAACAGCUCCAGGAGCAGUUGGAGCGGGAGACCUACUUCCCCGACAUCUCCGUCAGCCGACCCGCCUCGCGGGUCCACUGGGCUAUCCGGGUGCCAGGCGACGAAAACCAGAGUAUAUACGUGUGGCUGGACGCGCUGGUCAACUACCUCACCGUGACCGGGUACCCGGACGAGGACGCCGUGCGAGCCCGCGGCCGCGCCUGGCCCGCCGACGUCCACGUCGUGGGGAAGGAUAUACUCAAAUUCCACGGGGUGUACUGGCCGGCGUUCCUGAUGGCGGCGCGCCUGCACCCGCCGCGGCGCCUCGCCUGCCACGCGCACUGGACCGUCGACGCCGUCAAGAUGUCCAAGUCUCUGGGCAACGUCGUCUGUCCCAGGAACACGCCCGUCACCGGCGACGCUCUGAGAUACUUCCUGCUGAGAGAGGGCACGUUACAUAGCGAUGCCAAUUACAGUGAGAGCAAGUUAAUAAACGUGGUGAACUCGGAGCUGGCGGACACGCUGGGCAACCUGGUGUCCCGCUGCUGCGGCGCCGCGCUCAACCCGCGCGGCGAGUUCCCCGCGCUGCACGAGGCCGAGGCGGCGCAGCUCGCCAGGCGGGACGUCGCACAAGCGCUACUCACGAGAGUGGAGAGAUUGCCAGAGCAAUGUCGAGAAUACUACUCGUCGUACCAGUUCUACAAGGCGGUGGACGAGGCCAUCGCCACGCUGCACGCCUGCAACCUGUUCUUCGAGGCGCUCAAGCCCUGGGAACUGCGCAAGGAGAACCGGCAACGCGAGCUGGAUGUAGUCCUGCACCUGGCGCUGGAGACCCUGCGGGUGUCCGCCAUAGUGCUGCAGCCCGUCAUACCGCAGCUGGCGACUAGCCUGCUGGACCGGCUGCUGAUCCCCAAGGACUGCAGGAGCUGGCAGCAUUGUGAGACGCCGUCGUGGCGGGUGGCGGGCGCCAUCCACGAGACGAAGAACAUCCGCGGCGGCAAGUUCCUGCUGUUCCCGCGACUCUACACAGACAAGAAACCCGCGCCGCAGAACAAGAAGAAGGCCGCGCUGUGAACUGACUCACACACACCUUACCGACAUUGAGGUCAAGAUAGUUUAUUAUUCAUGUAGGCAUAUUCCAAUGCGCUUAUGAACGUCAAAUAAAGCUCAUCAUCGUCAUCGGCCCCGGCGUCUUUGCGUAUGAUAGUUGCGGCGACUAAAGAAGGUAUUCGGAGGAGGUAGUCUCCAGCCUACGUCGACUGCGACGACUGUGUGACCGGUAGUCGAUCGGCAUUUCUUACACCGGCUCUAUAUAACCAUACCUCUACCUCGAGAAGAUUUAAAUCCCCCCUCGAUUGGAGGACAUCCCGAUAUGGGACAGGCAAGAAAUUCGUCGAGACUAUAUUGCAUCUUAUAAUUAAUUGAGUACCUAGUUGUUUAGAUUGAGUGUACAUACUAGUUUGGGGAAACUAGAUAGAUAGUGACGGCCAAAGUGGCUAAAUAUAUCACCACACAUCUUUGUUACCAUACAAUUAAAUGUCUUCCGGUACAUUUGGCAACUCUGGGCGUCGCUAUUUAUUCAAUUCUGACUGUACUAUAUUAUCAGGUAGGUAGAUUAAGUUUAAGUAUGGGGAGAGACUUGUAUUGUAAACUGAGUGAUUUGAUCUUACACCGACACCGUGGAAGAUUAAAUUAGACCGUUGAUCAUGUGGACUGGAAAACUGCUCCAGUGCAAGAAAAGACAAACACCGCGCAUUUAAUAUUUUUACCACAAAUGGGGCAUUUUGUAUAUGAAGAUUUCCAGAAAAAAGUCUAUCAUAACCAAUUAUAGACGCUUCACACAAAUAAACCCUUAAUUUGGUAAAAAGAGAAAAUAAUGUUUCAAGACUUUCAAGCUUCUUGAGUGCUCAAUAGUAGUUAGAAAAUAUACUAAGGUCAUAAAAUACGUUCAUAAGAACAAUACCAAAUGAAGGGUGUCAGCAAUGAUCUCGUCAUUAUCUACAGAUAGUGGGUGUAUAUGUUACUGGGAUUGUUUAAUGAUUGUGCAAUAACAUAUUAUAUGUAAGGUGUAUCAGGUCAUUUUAAAGCCGAACGCGUUUACACAAAUGCAAAUACAUAUGUAUGCAGGUGCGCCAGCUAAUAGUUUUGCUGGCUAUAAUGUAGUACCUAAUGUUGCAAUUGCAACGUGCAAAUUAAAAUCAUUGUCGGUUUUAUCAGUACGACAGCUAAUUUUAUUGUAAUUUGUAAGCUGAAAUAGUGAUCAUAAUUAUGAAGGAAAAAGUGACUAGUCCAGUAAUUUAUUAUGAGUCUUGUACUUGGCGUUUACACAUAUUUUUAGCAAAUUAUAAAUAAUAUCACCCGCACCGCUUGCCGCAAGGUGAAAUACAGAACUUUUUAUUGUUUUACUCGUACAUUUAUCGUUAAUUUAUUUUCUUGCCAAUCCUAAUGUACCUACAGUUAAUAAAUAGUUCUACCUGUGUAACUAUCAUAUAGGAUAACCUACCCUAUAUCAAGCACCCUGCCAAUGCUUGGCACCUUCAAGUUUAACGCAACAGUGGUGACGUGUCAAUCAUAGGCUCGUUUACCGUAAUAUCUCAAUGUGUUCACUUUGCUAACUUUAGUAUUGUAAGUAUUUGAGGAGUUGACAUUUUAUCUCAACCUCCUUCAGUCAAUGUAUAUGUGGUGCAUUUGUGUAGGUAUUUGUAAAUCUGAUUGUUAUUUAUUUUAAUUGCAAUUACAUUUGUUGUUGAAUUAAACAGUCUUUCGUGCCUUUUACCCAUGAUAGAUCCCUAUACUUCUACUUGUUUACAUUUAAAUUUAUAUCUCACCUAGGUACCUUAAAGUAAUACUUACAAGAGCGUCGCCAGCUGGGGCAUCUGGGGGAAGAGGGGGAAGACCUAUAAAAUACAUAUGAUAUUAAUCGAUUAA